CCCAGCCGCCGUCUCUCCCUUCUCUCACCCCCUCGGCAUCACUCCGCCUGCCAUUUUUUUCCGCAUUUGUCGACGGCGCGAUGGCUUCGAAUGGGGUGAUGGAGAAGGAGUGGAUGAUGUAUACUUCUUCGCAUCAAAUGGGGAGCUGCAGGAUGGGGAAGAAUGAAGAGGAAGGAGCGGUGGAUGAGAAUGGAGAGAGUUGGGAGGCGGAGGAUCUGUUUGUGUGUGAUGGAAGUGUUCUUCCGACGACGGUGGGGGUUAACCCGAUGAUUACUAUUGAGUCGAUUGCUUACUGCCGCCGUCUCUCCCUUCUCCAAAAGGUGGGAUGAAUAAAAACCCUAGAUCUGAUUUUUUCCCCGCAUUGGUAGUGAUUUUUUCGUAGUGGUAGUGUUUUUUUGCAUUGGUAUUAUUUUUGUCGCAUUGGUAUUGAUUAUCAUGUAAUGGUAUUAAUUUGCAUGUAUUGGUAUGGAUUCAAUCUGCAAUGGUAUUAGUUUUUGUGAAAUGGUAUAGAUUUAUAUUGGUAGAUUGUUUAUAUUGGUAGUUUUAGUGUAAUGGUAUAGAUUUAUUUCUACAAUGGUAUUGAUAUUUUUCAAAGUGGUAGUGAUUAUCUAAUGGAUUGGUAGUGAUUUCGUGUUUUUUUUUUCUUUUGCAUAAAGAUUGAGAAAAAUA